AUGGCCAGCAAACUUCCCGUGUGCUACCUAAACGUUAAGAAAGAUAAAACAGUGCUCGGUACUAUAAAGAUAGAAUUGCGCAUGGACGUGGUUCCAAAGACAGCUGAGAAUUUUCGUGCGCUUUGCACAGGCGAAAAAAGGUACGGCUACCAGGGCAGCACGUUCCACCGUAUCAUAGCAAACUUCAUGAUUCAGGGCGGCGAUUUCACCAACCAUGAUGGAACGGGUGGGCACAGCAUCUACGGUCCGAAGUUUGAUGACGAGAAUUUCCAGCUGAAACAUGAUAAUGAAGGUGUAGUCUCGAUGGCAAAUGCCGGACCAAACACCAAUGGAUCGCAGUUUUUCAUUACAGUUAAUAAGACAGAGUGGCUGGACAACAGGCAUGUUGUUUUUGGACGUGUGGUGGAGGGGAUGGAUGUGGUCAGAAGGAUCAGUGAGAUGAAACAGGGUAACUCUGAGCCACCCGUCAUUAUUUACGAGUGCGGUGAGAUUUAAUCAUUAAAUGAUUUUAAUUGCGA